GUAAAGUCUAGACGCGGUUUAUUAAGAUGAUCCUGUGCGGGGCGCAGGAGAGAACCAGCUUCCAGCACUUGAUGGCCGUGACUUCAGCCGGGGAAGCCGAGCGCGUCCACACCUGCCUCGCGGGUCCGGCGGACGAAGGGCCGGGGCUCGAGUACAGCUCCGGGGCCUCCAGUCCUCGCUUGCCUGGCCGUAGUGGCUCCCAGCCGCCCCUUGCUGCCCAGCCAAUGAGAAGGAGGCUUGUAGGCCACCGCCCUCUGGUUGGCUGCGGUCUGGCCCCGCCCUGCGCAACCAACGUUAGCGUCCGGCUGAGCGUGCCGGCUUCCGACCUGGAAGGUACCGCGGAGGCCCAGGCGCCACGAGGUGGGCGCGCGUGGGGCGGGGCCUGUCGGUGAGAAGGCCAGUGCCCGAGCCGAGCGCGGACGGUGAGGCGGCCGAGGGCGGCCCGGGCCAGUAAGUCCAAGGCCCUCCUCCUUGGCUUCCGGCGGGCCUGGAAGUGGAAGCCCGGGUUGGUUUUCGUUCGGACCUCUCGCCCGGGGCCCGCGCAGACGCCGGCUCCCUUCGCAGGGAGCGCGUUCCAGGAGGCCAUGGAUGCUUCGACGCCUUUGCCUCCGGCACCCCAGUCUCCGGUGCGGGGCGCAGCCCCGCGGACCAUCCAGAUCGAGUUCCCGCAGCACAGCUCGUCGCUGCUGCAGGCCCUGAACCGCCAUCGGCUGGAGGGCAAGUUCUGCGACGUGUCCCUGCUGGUGCAGGGCCGGGAACUUCGGGCGCACAAGGCCGUGCUGGCCGCCGCCUCCCCGUACUUCCACGACAAGCUGCUGCUGGGGGACGCGCCGCGCCUGACCCUGCCGAGUGUCAUCGAAGCGGACGCCUUCGAGGGGCUGCUGCAGCUCAUCUAUUCGGGGCGCCUCCGCCUGCCCCUGGAUGCCCUCCCUGCCCAUCUCCUUGUAGCCAGUGGCCUUCAGAUGUGGCAAGUGGUGGAUCAGUGUUCAGAGAUUCUCAGAGAGCUGGAGACUUCAGGGGGUGGGGUUUCAGCCAGUGGGGGAGCCUCCUACCACACGCUGCUGUCCACCACCUCCUCGGGAGGCUGGUGCAUUCGUUCCUCCCCUUUCCAGCGCCCAGCACAGUCCUCUGCUACCGAGAGUUCCGCAUCCACCGAGAACCCCAGUGGAGGGGAGGGGAGUGAGCUAGAAGUGUUACAAAUUCAGGUGAAGGAAGAGGAGGAGGAUGAGGAGGAAGAGGCAGAGGAGGAGGAGGAGGAGGAGGAGGAGCAGGAGGAGCAGGGCUCAGCAGUCUCACUCGCUCAGACUCCCCAACCUCAGAGAGUAUCAGGAGGGUUUCCCCGAACUCGUGGAUCCCAUCCACUGCAGGUACCUGCUCCUCCCCGCAGGCUUCCAGAGGUGGAGGGUUCAACACUUGAGCCCCCUGCCCCUCCUUUGCUAGCCCCCAAAAUCUUCUAUGUCAACCAGGAACCCUUUGCGGCCAAGGAGGCACAGUCAGGAGCUGGAACUCAGUCUGGAGGAGGAAAGGAGGAAACCAAAGCAUUUUCUGGAGGGGACUCUGAGGGAAAUGGGGAGCUAAGGUUCUUACUGUCCUCUGGAACAGGGGCAACGUCUGGGGCAGGGGAUCCAUCCUGGAAACCAGUGGAUCUCCACGGGAAUGAAAUUCUGUCGGGGGGCGGAGGACCUGGAGGAGCAGGCCAGGCGGUGCAUGGGCCAGUGAAGCUAGGAGGGACACCCCCUGCAGAUGGAAAACGCUUUGGCUGCUUGUGUGGAAAGCGAUUUGCAGUAAAGCCCAAACGGGAUCGGCACAUCAUGUUGACUUUCAGCCUUCGCCCUUUUGGGUGUGGCAUCUGUAAUAAACGCUUCAAGUUGAAGCAUCAUCUGACAGAGCACAUGAAGACCCAUGCUAGAGCUCUGCACGCGUGUCCCCAUUGUGGCCGUCGGUUCCGUGUCCAUGCCUGUUACCUUCGCCACCGGGACUUAUGCAAGGGCCAGGGCUGGGCCACUGCCCACUGGACUUACAAAUGACUGCUAAAGCUGUACACUGACUUAUAGGAUGAGAUAGCCACAGCUGCUGAUGGAUACUUAGCCCUCACUACCCCAGUCCUGGAUCAUGUAAUCAUGCUAAGAGAUUACAUAUGUUACACGGACCUCUUACUCUUGGGUAUGGGCCUCACCCUGACAGAUUUGGAAGUUUAGAUUUCUUACCCCAAGUUUUUGUUAACCAUCCUGUAGGAAAGUGACUCAUAGAUCAUGCCAAAAUUGAUCACUUAGCCAGAUGGUCCUUUUUGUAUUGAUGUCCUGGGAGAAAACCAGAUUAGAUUAGUGAGGGAAGAGCUGGACAAAAUGACAUGUGACUUUAUUUAGUCUCUGUGAGAAGUUGAGGGAGCUGGUCUCCAACAAGGAAUGUUUGAUCAGAACUCAAGUCAUUCAGAGACUUGGUGCUCCCAGCCUUCUCUCCCUCAUUGUCAGCAGAGUUCUGUUCAUAAACCUCUUUUUGCAGAA